AUGUCUGCAGCCCGGGGUCUGGGGUGGUCAAGUCGACAGAUUCGUAAUGGUCCCCAAAGAUUAGCAAGUUUGCGCCCGGCAGGCGUGCGCCAUUACUCUCUCAACACCUACCACAGCUCGCUUACCCGUCUAAGAAGCAGUCGGACCUCGGCACCUACCAGACAAUGCCUAGCUCAACAGUCUCGGUCGAUAUCGCUGUUCGGCUGGGGUUCCAGCAAAUCCUCUAGCGACCCGGCGGCAUCGUCGCUGUCGCAAGAAACCGGCAAUGCAGCGCAGAAUCUAAUCGAACCUACUCGGACUGUAAAAGCGUCCCAGGCAACGGCAGACACUCCCGAUCCUACAUUCACACAUCCUCAUCCCGUAAGCAGUGUUGAGCCCGAAGCUCUGCGCAAGCUCGAAAACGAACUCCUCAAGCCUCAUGGCACGACCCCAUCCCCCGAAGUCGCAGCCGAUGUCCCAGACCUGUCCUCGAUACCUGAAGAUAUCGGCUACCUGAAGACGGUGUGUGGACUUGACUUUGGCUGGGGUCCGACGUCCAUCCUGGAAUUCUGUCUGGAACAUCUCCAUAUCACUGCAGGGCUAACAUGGACCACAUCGAUCAUAGCUCUGGCUUUUCUGAUCCGAGGCGCGGUCUUCUUGCCCGCCGUAAAUGCAGCAGACCAGGGUUCAAGACUCAAAAUGGUGCAGCCAGCCACCAUGGAACUUCGUGAAAGGAUGCAAGAGGCUCUGAGGAACAACAACAGAACAGUUGCAAUGGAAGCGCAGCAGCAGCUCCGCGAAAUUCACAAAGAAGCCGGUGUCUCAAUGUGGAAGGCUUUCCUCCCCGUCAUUCUACAGAUGCCCCUACAAUUCUGUGCCUUCCGGCUCCUGCGGGACGCCGCGGCAGUGCCAGUCCCUGCUUUUGAAAGCGAGAAAUUUCUCUGGAUCACAGACAUCUCGGUGGCCGACCCAAUGUAUCUCCUACCCUUGGGUACCGCCGUCCUGACCUACUUCAACAUGACGGCGAGCUCAAAACAACAAGCCAAUCCACCGCCUCUUUUCAAGUUAUUCCAAACUUUCGCCCCGCCUCUCUCGUUCAUCUUUUUAUCUUUCCAGUCGUCCGCAGUCCAAGUUUUCUUCUUGGUCAACGGCUUCUUCUCCCAGAUUCAGAUCUCGACGAUCAACAACCCUGCCUUCCGGCGAUGGAAGGGCAUGAUGCCCUUGGUAUCUACUCCUCCUUCGCCAUCAUCAUCCACCAACGACAAAUUCUCUGGACCUUUCUCCAAGAUGAACAUUGCCGCAACCAACCCGUCUCAGGCGUCUAAAGGUCUCUCAACCGAACAGUCAGCGCCGGGAGGCGACCGCAGCAUCAUCGACAAGGGCGUGGACGCAGGCAAAGCGGCGUGGACCAAGACUGUCGGUGGCAUCAGUGAAACAUGGAAAGAGGAAGCCCGGAAGCGACAGGAGAAAGCCAAGGUAGAUCAGAGGAAGACUGCCGCGGCCAAGUACGAGGCUCAACGAAAGCUGGAUCUCGAGCAGGAGAGACUGUACAGGAAUGCCGCCGCCGGUAGUGUCCGGGUCAACAAGAAUUCAGCCUCGCCAUUAGCUUCGACGACCUCGAAACAACGAGACGGCCAAUGA